UUACUGAACAGUCACAGUGAUACCAUCAAUGUGCUGGCAUUCUCAUCAUGUGGGUCAUAUUUGGCCAGUGGCAGGGAGGACAAGCUACUCAUAAUAUGGAGAGUGUCAGACAGCAUGCUCUUAUAUGCACUAGCAUUCGAAAGUCCUGUCACUGCACUUGUGUGGCAUCCUAAUGCCCCUGCUAUCCUGUUCUGUGGGUGUGAAAAUGGAGCAGUAUUGCAGCUCAAGAACUUCAGUGCAACAGCUCUCUCUCAGAGAUCUAUCUUGUUUGGUGUCCGAGGCCAAGUGCAUUGCAUAGAUUAUGACUCUCAUUUGCGACACUUGGCUGUAGGUAUGGGCAAAUUAAUACUGGUGUCAGCAGAAACACCCACAGGCAAUUUAAUGGGUAGCAUACGACUAUCUCCUUCUGAAGAUGUUCUUUGUGCAGAAGAUGAUGAUAGACUCUGGCUGCAGUCACUGCACUUUUAUGACAAUGGCAACAAGAUCAUUGCUGCAUACCUUAACCAUGGUGUA